GAGAUAUAUCUAGAGUACAUAUCAAUCUCAACUAGUUCUGAUCAUCUCCACAUAUUACAUAGAGCAUCAACUUAUCUACAAAACUCAUUCAUAACUAAAAUCCUUCCAUUCCUUCCACAAAAGUCUCAAACAACAAACCCUAUCCUCUUACCAGACAAACCUCCUUUUCACGCUUUUCUGUUACUUUGCAGCAUACCACUUCACUCAUCACAAACCAACCUUUAUCAUUCUUUAUUCUCCCUCACCAAACAAACCCAAUAGAGAAAGGAAAAGUUUUUUUCAUUUGGGUCACCCUACACAACACAACACAACCUUGCUGAAUGGAAAACUGUGUCUUCCACCACCACCUUAGGAGCAUGAUCACUCUUCCACAACCACCAUCAACACCAUUGUUCCCCAAAGUUAUGAGGGUGAGAGCGAGCGCGGGAAGGAGGCACUGCGAGUUCAGCAGCCAGAACGCGCCCCUUGAGCCACGGUCCCUUGUGGGGAAGUUUCUGAGCGGCGUGUUGCAGAACCGCCGCCAGCUGUUCCACGUGGUUGCCAAAGAAGAGUUGAAGAUGCUGAGUGAUGACAGAGACUCUGCUCUUGCUCGCAUGCAUCUCAGUCAGCACUCUGAUGAAGCCUUGCUUCACAGGAGAAUUGCGCAAGUGAAAGAGAAUGAGUCUAUGAUUGCUAUAGCGGAUGUUAUGUAUUUGCUGAUUUUAUACAAGUUUUCUGAGAUCAGGGUUAAUUUGGUUCCAAAGCUUUCUAGUUGCCUAUAUGACGGAAGGCUAGAAAUAUUGCCCUCUAAGGACUGGGAUCUAGAGUCUAUUCACAGCUUGGAGGUUUUGGAUAUCAUAAGGAAACAUGUCAGUACUGUGACAGGUUUGAGAUCAAAUCCUAGUGUAAGGGAGAGUUGGGAAACAACUCCUAUUCGACAAGUCUGGCUUGCCCAAGUCUAUGUUGCCUCCAUAUUAUAUGGUUACUUUUUGAAGUCAGUUUCAUUGAGGUACAACCUAGAGCGAAGUCUGUCUUUGUCUGACCAUGAUUUUCAUCAUGGUCAUAAGAUCGGCCCUUCAUUUCAUGACAUGUAUCAUUCCGGGGCAAAAGAUGUGAUGUUUGGCAACAAGAGUGACAUACAAUCUGUAUGGCAUGGCUUAAUUGGGCAGGAAGAGGAAAUCGAGGAUUUAAAAUGUUAUGUUACUGGCUUUCACCCUGGAUCAUUUGAGAGAUGUGCCAAACUGAGAUCCAAGGAAGCUGUGCAUUUGGUAGAGAGUCAUAGUAAUGCACUCUUUGGAGAUGGGAAAUCUGGUUUGUCUCAGCAUGAUGAUAUUAUUGUAACUUCAUUUUCUAGUCUGAGGAGGCUAGUCUUGGAAGCUGUUGCAUUUGGAUCUUUCCUGUGGGAGACAGAAGAUUACAUUGACAGUGUAUAUAAGCUUAAAGAUCAAGAGGUAGAGUGAAGGAACAUGUUGCUAGCAGAUAAUGCAGUAAAAUUAAACGUGGAUGGGAGCUCAUUGGGGAACCCAAGUUAAGCGGGUUUCGGAGGCAUUCUUCGUGACAGCCUAAACGCAGAAUUACAAGCUGUGUCCGUGGCCUCACUCUUGCAUGGAGCGCGGUAUACAAGAACAUAGAGUGUGACUCUGAUUCUUUAUUAGCGUUGCAGUUAGUGUAAGAGGGUGUAACUAUCCAUCAUCAACAUGCUUCCAAACAUAAGCAAACAUAAGCCGUGACAGUUAACGUUCCACAUGUUUAUAGGAAAGCCAACCAGUGUGCAGAUUGACUUUCGAAGAAGGGUGAAUAUUCAACGGAUCCUAUGACAUGUGGCAUCAUUGUCUUCUUGCCCUGUUUCUUUAAUAUCUUUGUUGUUAGCUGAUGCUCUUGGGAUUUCUUCCUUUAGAGUUUAGUUUUCUUGCUUUGUUUCUGUAUUUUCCAAUGAUAAAAAAAUAUCAUCUUAUACUUUAAUAUUAAAUAGAUAAUUUAGCUUAAUUUUUUUUAUCUC